CUUCCCGAUUUCGCGGUUUAUGACUGUAAUAAACUUACUGUCACUCUACAGUGAGUCGGAAUGUGAGCUACGGCGACAUGUUCGAUGAGAGAACUUAAUUCCUUUUCUAAAUUUAGGGUUUCUCUUAAUCGAAAUUUUCCUUUUUGAUGAUAUUCUUCGAAAGAUCUCUCUCUCAUUAGCUUACACUGAGAAAGUUUCUGGAAUUUAAUUUGUAAGUUUUAAAUGUGAUUUGAAGUGAUUAAGAUGAGAAAUAUGAUGAAUUCUGCUGCUGCAAUGAGAGCUGUGAAGGAGGAGUUUAUUGUGAUGGACUUUGAUGAUAAUGAUGAAGAUGUUCGUUGUGGUAAAGUGAAAGAAGAGUAUAUGAUGGAUGCUGAGCAAAUUAAUUCUUCUACAGAUUCUGGCAAAACUAAUCCUUCCAACAUGCAACAGAUUGUUUCUGCUGUUGCUUCUGAUGAUGAUGAUGAUGAUGAUGAUGAUUGGGGUACCAAAAUUGAUAAUCAGUAUAUGAAGUUGUUGGAUAGUUUCAGAGAAGAUGGAAGUUCAAAUCUGAGUGACAAUCCACUAAGGUCUAUUAGGUAUGAAGUAGAUAAUGGAGGAUACGACAAGCGGGAAUUUAAAGCUAAUAAGCGGAGUAGAGAAGAUCGAAACACUAUUCGUGUGACCAAGAAGAAUGUUGAGCCUAAGCCUCCUCAUGUUCAAGCGGGGUUCAGAUUAAGGCGAAGAGAGAGUCUUGUGAGUGAGAAGAGUGUUGAAGCAAUGCUUAUUACAAGUCAUGUGAAAAGAAACUCGAAACAUAGUUUCGAUGCUAGCGAGAAGGAGAAUUUGGAGGAUCUCAUGGUAUUGGAUGAGGGUUACAGAUCUUAUCUCACAUGGUUAGUGGAGAAUUCGAAAAGUUCAAGAACCAAUCCUGAAAAAGAGAGACAAGUAAAAUGUGAGGAGGAUUAUACAGUGUCUUUGUCCGAUUCUGAUUCUGAUAUUAUUGUGGUUGGAGAUCGUCCGUUUCUGGGUGAAGAGGAUUCUCCGUUUGUGCCAUCAAAAAGUUAUAAAGUGGUUGAUUUGGAUGAAGAGAGCAGUGAUCAACGCAAUUCUUGGUUUAGGAAGGAGAUAAUGAAUGUUUUGAAGCAGCCAUACACUGUAACAGAGCUCAAGGAACUUCACAAUGAAGCAUCGGUGCAUAGAGUGUCAAGCAGACAUGUAGAACUACGAGAUGGAACAGAGUUUAGCUUUCCAACGAAGAAAAAGACACCUUCAUAUCUCGAUGGGUAUCCAGACUUCAAAAAGCAGUACCUUGAAUCUUUACGUGAAGAUGAUGAGCAUAAAGCUCUGAACCUGUUGCGCGGGUUUAUCUUUUAUUUAACGAAAGUGGUACGUGAUGAUGCAUUCAAACCAUGGCUCGAUCAAGAAUGUUUGAAGAUCAGAUGUUUCUGACAAAAGGGUAUCAGCACUUAGAGUUCUGACAGAAGACUACUAAUUCCGUUGUCAUGGAAGACUAAUAAUUAAGAUAUGCAAGACCUUUUUUCAUGAAAUAAGUUUCGACAAGACUUGCUUUUAUUUGUGUAACAUUAGCCUCACCAUUGUGUAGUAGUUCAUGACUCAAGACUGGCCCAGUGGCUUCAGGUUCUCUGUAAUGUGAUUAUCUCUUCCAUGUCCUUAUGUGCAUUAAAGAAAGCUUCCAAGCGGACUUAUUAGAAA